AUGUCCAGGAGCAACAGUUCCUUUGGAAACGACACCGGCAGCUACACUGGGUCGUUCCAUUCCAGUGGUUUCUCCACUAUGGAUGACACGUCCUCACAGGUGUCAAGUGUGUCGAAGCCCAGUGCGAAGUCAGUGUACUUGCAAAGGAGGGAUUAUGCGGUAUCAAUAAACAAGAUGAUGGACAAAUUUCGGUACAGAGUGGAGCACUUGUUCACUUGUGACCUGGAUGGGAAGGAGUUGAGAAGCGUAGGGGACUGUGUGGAGCGGCUGAAGGUGCUGGACGGGAUGGGUCGUGUGUGGGGUCAGAACAUGCAGCUGGAGGUGCGCGGUUCCAACCUGCUGCUCACAGACAUUGAAACCAAGGAGGAGCUGGAGUCCAUGAGGUUCAGUGACGUCCUGGAGCUAAAGGCUGUGCUGGACGCUGGCGUGUUUAACUCCCUGCUCACAGUGUCGGUCCAGCCCGGGGGGAAACACACCCCCACUGUCUUCAUGUUUCAGUGUGAGGAUGUCAGGGCCGACUAUGUUCAAAGGGAUCUCUCAGGAGCGUUGGCACGCAGGAGAAAUGAUUCAAGUGUCAGAAGCAGCAAUGAAGGACUAAUAGCGGAGCAUGAGGAAAUGGAAAGCCUUUGUGACACUGAAGAAUCUCCUGAACCACAAGAGCAGAAGCCUGACGUUGACGCAAUGCACCUAUGGACGGCUCCUGACUACGGUGCGUUGAGGAAGGAAGACAUGCAUGAAGUGGCUCAGGAGGAGGAGGAGGAGGAGGAGGAAGAGGCUCCACCUCCCAGACAGAAGGUACCUUCACUGCAGCCCUCCACCACCGAAGAAGAACCUCUGUUUCCUCCAUACACAGACCUGGACAGGAGUGUAGAUAUCUUGAAUCAUAUUUUAGGUGACAUCGAAAUCUUCAUGGGAAAAGUAGCUGCAGUAGUAGCGAAAAAUACAAAAAAAAAAAGGAAAAAGAAAAAAGGAAAAGCAAUGGAUGGUAUGCCGCCUGCAGCAGAAUUUGAAGUGUGUUUCCAUAAGAUCAAAUACGGUUUCAACCUUGUGGGGGAUCUCAAAGGAAUGAUUAAUAAGCCCAGCGCUCCUGAAUUUGUUCACUCCUUAUUUUCCACAUUAGCAUUUCUGGUAUCUCACUGCUCGGAGGAUCUGCCACAGAAGAUCGUGGCGCCGCUGCUGACGCCGCAGUGUAUCCGUCUCCUGAGUGAGGAGGCCUCCACAGAAGAGGACAAGCUGUGGCAGUCUCUGGGAGACGCCUGGAACAUCCCCAGUUCCCAAUGGCCAGAAGACGACGAGGACAUCCCAACAUACACUCUGGAGUUCUUUGAUGGCUGGCAGCCCUCUGAGGCGACUGCACCACCUGAACCCAGAGAACCUAUGAGGAGUCAGGAGCGUCAGCAACCUGCACCCAGCCAGGCUGCAGCCAAGUGGACAGCACCACCACCUCACCCCCCACAGAAAGCACGCUCCAAUGAGUCAACACCGCGUCAAAUGCAUGUUGUGUACGACUUCUUCUCGAGAAACCAAAGCGAGCUCAGUGUCACAAAAGGAGAAAUAGUUGAGCUGCUGGACAUGUCGAAGCAGUGGUGGAAAGUGAGGAACAGAGGAGGGGAGGAGGGCUUUGUACCCAAUAAUGUCCUGCAGGCUCAAGGCGAGCAACCUAUCGAGCCGGCUCGAGGUCCUCCUAUGCUCACAAAGAAGUCCAAGCCUGCAGAAGUGAAAGCCUGGCUGGAAGACAAGGGCUUUAGUAAAAUCACUGUGCGCUGUCUGGGCGUGCUGAGCGGCUCCAUGCUGCUCGGGAUGACCAGAGAGGAACUGAAGACCGUGUGUCCAGAGGAAGGAGGACGAGUCUUCUUCCAGUUACAAGCAGUCAAGUCUGCGAUGACUAAGGCUGCCAGUUAAGAGACCAACAAGAGGAAGAGGAAGAAGAAAUCACCGUGCACCGAAUACUGUAAGCUUUCAGAUAAGAAAUAACACGCGGGCGCUUGUUUGUCAUAUUAUCCUCAGAAACCUUGUAUCAAAUAUUAUAAAUGUGAUUUUGAAAUAGUAGUUUUCUGCUAUCGUUCAAAAAUGUGAUCUUAACAGUUGGCAAGUUGUUAGAUCAAGUGUAUUUAGACAAUCUAUCCAGCAAUACUAUGCUAACUUUGUAUAGUAAGACAUUUAAUAACCGUGUGAUUAUGUGACACA